AACUAUCAACAAAACGUACUCGCUGGCGACGCCUUUGCGAGGUCUAUAGUGUGCGUGUUUUUUGUGUAAAUUAUUGCAAAAUGUCGGCUGAAGUUGAUUUUGUAAAUAAAAAAGAAGUGCAUCUCCGCACUCUGAAGCAGUCUGGACACGUAGGAUUUGACAGUUUGCCCGAUCAACUGGUUAAUAAAAGCGUACAAAAUGGAUUCGUUUUCAACGUUAUGUGUAUAGGCGAGACGGGUCUGGGUAAAUCAACAUUGAUGGACACGCUGUUCAACACUAGUUUCGAGUCGACACCGAGCCCCCAUACGCUGCCUAGCGUUAAAUUGAAGGCCCACACUUAUGAGCUGCAGGAGAGCAAUGUGCGGCUAAAGCUGACGAUUUGCGAUACGGUCGGAUAUGGCGACCAAAUCAAUAAGGACGAUUCAUUUAAGGCUGUCGUCGACUACAUUGAUGCUCAGUUUGAGAAUUAUUUGCAGGAGGAACUGAAAAUUAAGCGCUCCCUUGUGACGUGCCAUGACAGUCGCAUACAUAUUUGUCUGUACUUCAUAUGUCCGACGGGACACGGACUGAAGUCCUUGGAUCUGGUCUGCAUGAAGAAGCUAGAUAGCAAGGUGAACAUAAUACCGGUGAUUGCCAAAGCGGACACCAUCUCCAAGGUCGAGCUGCAGCGCUUCAAGGCAAAAAUAAUACAGGAACUCAACAGCAAUGGCGUCCAUAUCUAUCAGUUUCCCACUGACGAUGAGACUGUGGCGGAAACAAAUAGCGUCAUGAAUUCGCACAUUCCGUUCGCCGUCGUUGGCAGCACCGAGUUCAUAAAGGUGGGAAACAAGCUAAUCCGUGCUCGUCAAUAUCCCUGGGGCACGGUGCAGGUCGAAAACGAGACACAUUGCGAUUUUGUCAAGUUGCGAGAGAUGCUUAUCCGCACAAACAUGGAAGAUAUGCGCGAAAAGACCCACACGCGACACUAUGAGCUGUACCGGCAAAAGCGUUUGGAGCAGAUGGGCUUUAGUGAUGUUGAUAGCGAAAACAAGCCUGUUUCAUUUCAGCAAACUUUCGAAGCAAAGCGCUCGAAUCAUCUGGCUGAACUGCAGUCCAAGGAGGAGGAGGUGCGCCAGAUGUUUGUGCAGCGUGUCAAGGAGAAGGAGGCCGAGCUGAAAGACAGUGAGAAGGACUUGCAUUUGAAGUUUGAAAAAUUGAAGCGGGAUCAUGCGGAAGAGAAACGAAAACUUGAAGAGGCUCGUAAAGCUCUCGAGGAGGACUAUUUGGACUUUCAGAGACGCAAGCAGCAAUUGGCCACAGCACAUCACACACUGACGCUGGGCAAAAGCAAGAAGAAGUAAAUGGACAGCAUUAGCUUUAGCUAUAAGCAAAUGUCUUCGAGUAUUUUGUGUGUUUUGCGUAUCCCAAAGUAAUUAUUGCUUUUUCAUCUCGUUGUAUUUCAUUUAUGCUAUUAAGUUUUCUUCAAAUAUUAAUAUAUACACGCACCAACAUACAUACAUAUAUAUGCAUACAUACAUAUAAGUAUGAUUAUUUACAACUAACGAAUAAACGAUAUUAGUAUUUUAAACUAUGUAAA